CCACCACACCCAACCAAAAUCCCCAAAAAUUACAACCCGAACACGAAGCACAUCAAAAGCCAAUCAUCUUCAACAUUACCAACUCGGAGAAACAAUCACAGACCAAACACAGAAACUCAAACUCGUUUCCUUCUCCCAACUCAGCCAGCCAAUGGCGUCCAUCCACGCCAUAGCUCCCCAGAGCUUCCUCAACCUCCCAAAACCCAACUCCAGAAAACCCACCACCACCUCAAGCUCCAUUCUUUACACCCCAAAGCUCCCAAAGACCCAAGCUUUCCCCUCAAGAAAACCCACCUGGGUCCUCAACUCCGUAGCCGAGCAACACCUGGAGUGUGACGUCAUCCCGGUGCAGAGCUCCGACUGCGUUGACCAGCAGGAGGGGGUGGUGCUGGUGGGGAGAGCAGAGUGUGAAGGUGUGGAGAGCGAGUUGGUGAGUCAGGUGGGUGGGUUUGGAGCGAGUGAGGGGAGGCUUUCGUUUGAAGGGGCUGGUGGGUUUGGGUCGAGUUCUGGGGUUGGAAGUGAGAGAAGGAAUGAGGAGUUUUAUAGGCUUGUGGAUAGGAGUAUCAAUGCCACUAUUGUUCUUGCUGCUGGGAGUUUUGCUCUUACGAAGUUGCUCACUAUUGAUCAGGACUAUUGGCAUGGAUGGACUAUAUAUGAGAUCGUAAGAUAUGCUCCUCAACAUAACUGGACUGCUUAUGAGGAAGCUCUCAAGGCUAAUCCAGUGUUAGCCAAAAUGGUAAUUAGUGGUGUAGUAUACUCCCUCGGAGACUGGAUUGCACAGUGCUUUGAAGGAAAGCCUUUAUUUGAGUUCGACCGGGCACGGAUGUUCAGAUCUGGACUUGUUGGUUUCACCCUCCAUGGUUCCCUAUCACACUAUUAUUACCAGAUUUGUGAGGAGCUUUUUCCUUUCCCAGGCUGGUGGGUGGUUCCUGUUAAAGUAGCCUUUGACCAAACUGUAUGGGCAGCAAUUUGGAACAGCAUUUACUUUACGGUUUUGGGAUUUUUGCGUCUUGAAUCGCCUAUCAAUAUAUUUAGCGAACUGAAAGCAACAUUCUGGCCGAUGCUGACUGCAGGGUGGAAACUGUGGCCAUUUGCUCAUCUUGUUACAUAUGGUCUGAUCCCCGUUGAACAAAGGCUCUUAUGGGUGGACUGUGUAGAGUUGAUUUGGGUGACUAUUCUCUCAACUUAUUCAAAUGAAAAGUCGGAAGCAAGAAUUUGUGAAGCACCAGCUGAAGAAAGUUCUAGCUCUCCAAACGGAAGUCCUCUUGAGGAGUAAAAAAAAAAACAACCAGAAUACGGAGGAGGAAUACUUACAAGAUAGAUAUUGUUCAAUGGGCAAGUUGAGGAGUAAAAAUCCACUUCAUGGUGUUCUGUGGCUUGAGAGGUGAAAUACAUAGCUUUGUGGAAAUUAGCCUGGGUGGGCUGAUCAUGGUAUAUAGUUCCUGCACAUAUCUCAGUACUUCCGUGUGUAUGCUAAGUGACAUAGCUUCUCUUACUAUACUGAUCACGAUACGUCGUACAUAAUCUUAGAUGGUUAAACGUGAUUAUAGUUUAAUUGGAUAGAAAUCUUUUUGGAUAUGAAUACUUUCUCAUCUUUUUACCAAGGAGUGUCGAAAAAACAAACAGUUAGGCUGGCUGUCUCCACUGAGAUGAAAGGGUUCCAGUAGAGAAGCUCACAGUACAUAGUACAAGAUUUUGUUUAAUAUGGCUCGGCUGUCUUCAUUUUCUUUCAUUCCUCAAAUUUGCCGGUAAUGAAUAAGCAAUGGUGUUUUCCGUGAUUGGAUUA